GCCCUGCCCAGCCCAGCCCUGCCCGGCACGGCUCGGUACGGUACGGUACACCUCGGCACGGCUCAGCUCGGCACGGCUCGACCCAGCUAUGCCCCGGUUCACAAUAGCGGAGACCAAGUGGUGCGGGGAGCAGUUCGUGCAGUUCCUGCUGGACACGGGCCGGGAGCAGGAGAAGCGGCGGGACACGCUGCGGAGCAUCUACAACCUGGAGUUCCGAGGCAGGACUGAAAUCAAAAUGCCCAACUUCUCCUGCAUCUUGUAUGCUCUGAAGGUGACCCACCGGGUGCAGGUGUAUGGGGAGUUGGUGCUCUUCAAGAAGGACAAGAAGCGUGUGGUGGUGGCAGACCAGUACUGGAGACCCAGAACCAAUGCAGAGGCAUUGGCACCAGCGUCGGCAUCAGCGUCGGCACCGGCAUCGGCAUUGGCACCAGCAUCAGGGCAGCAGACCAGCUCUGUUCCGCAAAUGCCCCAAACCCACGCCAAGAAGUGGGCUGAGUCCAUCCGUGGGAAGCACGGAGUCGAGAUCGUCUCGGACUAUGACCAGGGCAACGGGCACAUCCGCUUCCCCGUGGUGCCUGGCGAGCCCCAGGCAAUCACCAUCCUGGUGCAGAACUGUGGGACAGAGACUGUGACACUGCAGCGGUGCCAACCAUGCCAGCCAGCACGGGAGCUCUCCUUCACUGAUGAGAAGGGAGUGAUGUGGGGACAGUCAGUGCUGCUGCACCCAGGCAGCAGGUACCCUGUUAAGGUGCGAUGCCAGGCCACCUGCAAUGGGUACUUCCAUGCCAUGUUGAUCUUCGAGUUCACCAAGGAGCCCCACCAGCCCUUCAGUAUCCAUCGCUACGUCGCGGCUGUCGCUGAGGGCGAACUGGCCAGGGACCUGGGGCCCUCAGAGCCUUUCCAGCCUUACCAGGCUGGCCUCCGCCGCCCUGUCACUGUCAUCACCGAGGAUGGCAUCCCCCCCAGCAGCUCCCAGCAAAACGAACUGGAGAAGGAAAUCCCUCUGGGCACCUACCAGUACCCAAAGAGCUACAAGGACACGAUCAUGCUCGGAUCCAAUGCCAGUGCCAACACCGGCUGGGCUGCCAUGCAGUUGCUGCUGGAGGCUCCCCUGAAUGCCAAGAACUACAAGGAGAAGUUCCAGCUGCUGCUGCACCUGGAGGAGAUCCAGAUGGAGGUGAACAUCCGCUGCUACGACAUGAAGGACGUGACCAUGGAUCAGGACAGGGGGCUGCUGGUCCUCAAAGUGCCCGGCGUGGCUGAGAACCGCCCGUCCGUGCUGAAAGGAGACCACCUCUUUGCCCACCUGAGCAGCGAGCGGGACCACUCCCCCCUUGUCCAGUACAAGGGCUACGUGCAUGGCGUGGAGCUGGAGAGCGUCAGGCUCGGCUUCUCCACCAAGCUGAUGAAGAAGUUCGUGAACAACCUGAAGUUCGAUGUGACCUUCACCUUCAGCCGGCUGCCGCUGCAGGUCCAGCACCGGGCUGUGGACAUGGCCAUGCGGCACGGCUUGGCCAGCAUCCUCUUCCCCUCUGCCUCCUGCCACCAGCCCCUCCUCACAGGCACCUUCCAGCCCCAGUGGUUCGACCGCAAGCUGCAGUCCAACGAGGAGCAGUGCAGAGCUGUGACACACAUCGUGAUGGGGACGUCCAGGCCAGCCCCAUACCUGAUCUUUGGCCCCCCGGGCACUGGCAAGACAGUCACAAUAGUGGAGGCCAUCAAGCAGGUGUGGAAAUGCCUCAAGGACUCCCGGAUCUUGGCCUGUGCCCCUUCCAACAGCGCUGCAGACCUGCUGUGCCAGCGCCUCAUCAAGGACUUUGCUCCCCGGCACAUCUACAGGCUGAUGGCCAGCUCCAGGAACUUCCAGGAGGUGCCUGCUGAUAUCAGACCCUGCUGCAACUGGGACAACCGGCUGAGCUGCUACGUGUACCCCAGCAAGAAGAACCUGGGCUGCUACCGGAUCAUUGUCACCACACUGGUGACAGCAGGAAGGCUGGUGUCAGCCAACUUCCCCCCAGGGUUUUUCUCCCAUGUCUUCAUCGAUGAGUGUGGCCAGGCAGUGGAGCCGGAGAGUGUGAUCGCCAUCGCGGGGCUCCUGACUGCCAUGGAUCAGAAGACCAACCCCAACGGGGGGCAGCUGGUGUUGGCAGGAGACCCGAAGCAGCUGGGUCCUGUCCUGACAUCACCGCUGGCUAUCGAGCACGGCUUGGGCACCUCGCUGCUGGAGAGGCUGAUGCUGCACAACCCCCUCUACAAGAAGUCAAGUGGAGGAUAUGACCCUCAGUUUGUCACCAAACUGCUCUGGAAUUACAGGUCCCACGAGGCCAUCCUCAGGAUCCCCAAUGAGCUCUUCUACGACAGUGAGCUGAAAGCCUGCGAGCGCAGCGAGCUCGACGUCCGCAACACCUACUGUGCCUGGGAAGAGCUCCCCAAAAAAGGGUUCCCCAUCAUAUUCCACGGGGUUUGUGGAGAAGACCGGAGGGAGGCCAAGAGUCCCUCGUUCUUCAACACGGCUGAGAUCGAGGUCCUGGUUGGCUACCUCAGGAAGCUGCUGCAGAGUGGGGGCAAGAGGGGCAUCCCCAGCAUCUCACCCAAGGAGAUUGGCAUCAUCUCCCCCUACAGAAAGCAGGUGGAGAAGAUCCGGAGAGCCAUCACCUCCCUGGACCCUGUCCUGCGGGCACUGCCAGACAUCAACCUGCUGAAGGUGGGCUCCGUGGAGCAGUUCCAGGGCCAGGAGCGACGUGUCAUCCUCAUCUCCACGGUGCGCAGCUGCAACCAGUACCUCAUGUUUGAUGAGACCUUCAAGUUGGGCUUCCUCAAGAACCCCAAGAGGCUCAACGUGGCCAUCACCAGGGCCAAAGCUCUUCUGAUCGUGGUGGGCAACCCAGCUGUGCUCAGCAAGGACCAGCACUGGCAGAGGUUCCUCAGGUACUGCAGGGAGCAGGGGGGGUACACUGGCUACCCCUACGAGGAUGAGAGCCCAGCUGAGGAUGGCCUCUCCGCUGACCUCCAGGGACUACAUCUUGGCCAUUAGCAGCCAGGAAACCCUCCCUGAGACAGGAGAAGCCCUGCAGAGCUUCAGCACCCCUCAGCAUGCAGCAGUCUCCUGCUCUCCUCCCACCUUGCUCCUGAGGUGCUUGGUGUUGCCAUGCAUGCCUGCAGAGAUGGGCAAGGGGGUCCUGACAGCCAUCACUGGCAUGGGCAUGGGCAGGUUGCUGCUCCCCUUGCAGAGUGGGACCAUACCAGUGCUGAACUGGGACCACUCUGCUUUUUAAGCAGUUUUUUAUACUGUUGUGGAAAGUCCUUUCCCUGUGCCUGCUCCAUUCUGUCCACGAACAGCCCAAACCAGAGCCUGGCCUCUGAAGAGCAUCACACAGUGCCCAGGGGAGCCUGGUGCUGUCGUGGUGGGUGCAGGCAGCAGGCAAGUACAUGUCUGGGCACAGAGUGGCUGGUGUUCCCUGCCAGGGAGCAGCCUGGCCCUAGAGCUGGCAUGGCCACCCAGGCACACCUCACUUUGUACCCUUGAAAUAAAUGUUUAGAGAAAAUAA